AUGACUAACUUUAGAGGAGCAGGCGCCUAUCCUUCGCCGACGCACCACUGUUCACCCGGCCGUCGGCCGUCCCUGGGAUCUCUAUACGAGCAGACCCAAUCGAUGUCGUCGUCAUCGUCUCCGCACAAUCAUGUAGGGGGCCACGCCCCAGGAAACGGGCACGAUAAGGGGGGGCUAAAUUCAUUGAACUUGGGCUUCCUCAAGGGCUUGACUGAGAAGAGGACUACAAGAGAUGGCCAGCCGGUAAAGCGACGAGGUCCCAAACCGGACAGCAAGCCGGCUCUAACACGCCGACAAGAAUUGAAUCGCCAGGCACAAAGGACUCAUCGAGAGCGCAAGGAGCUGUACAUCAAGGCUCUUGAAGAUGAAGUCCUCCGCCUGAAAGAGGUCUACAGCACUGUCUCACAAGACAAGGCUAAGCUUGCGGAAGAAAACCGACAACUCAAGAGCCUCCUCGGUCAGAAUGGGCUGUCUCCAGCGCCACCUAGCGCUAGAGACGAAUUGCCCAGCAAUCCGAGCCCUAGUCUCGGUUACACAUCGAGCGCCAGCGUCUCCGGGAACAGCUACGCGCCAGGCUCUGCUGCGACGGCUUACACGCCGCCUUUGACUUCUCAGUCGACUGCGCCGUCGCUGUCUGCCUCAUCGCACAUGGUGGGCAUCCAGCAACAUCAACAUUCACAUCAGCGCCAGCACUCGCGCAAUGUUAGUCAACAACAGUCGCUCGCAAGUCGUGUUGAUUACGAACAAGCAGGGAUAGACUUCGUUUUAACGUACGAGAACCCCGAUGACCCCUCGAAGGCAUAUAUGUCACCUCCCCCGCUCGAGAAGCCGUGCAUGGAUCACAUGCCGUGGCUGGUCGACAGGGCAAGCGACACUCGUGAGCCCUGCGGCCAUGCGCUCAUGGCGUCGUGCCCGCCGGAACCGUUCAGCGAACUGAACAACGACAUACCGUUUGGGUACAACCACGCGCAGCCAGACCAGAACAGGUCGGGGCAGCGCACUUGGGAGAUCUCAAAGGGAGAGCUGUCGACACUGCUCAACCUCAGCAAGAAGCUCGACCUGGACGGCGAGAUCACGCCGGUCAUGGCCUGGGGCAUGAUCCAGGGGCACCCAAGACUGACGGAGCUAAGACAUGAGGAUUUUAACAAGCUCACGGAUGAGCUAAGGGGCAAAGUUCGAUGUUAUGGCUUUGGUGCAGUCAUGGAGGAGUUCGAAGUGCGUGAUGCACUGAACGCGGUGUUUUCCACCAAGCCAGAGCUGAACAUAGCAUUUUGA